AUGUGUGAUGUGAACCAAGCUGCUACAUUCUUUUCUUGUGGGUAUACCGAUUUAGCGUAUAUCAUUCCAUGGAUUUUUUUCUUGCGUACACAACAUGGAGCACAACAUGGAUCACAGCAUGAAUCACAACAUGAACCACAUCCACAUCCAGAACUACAGCAUGAGCCGCAUCCACAUCCAGAACUGCAGCAUGANACAAAACUUUUUUGCAAAAGUAGUUUAAAUAGUAUUGGAAAGCGAGCUGCUUUUUGUCAAGCUGGUUGCACUGCUUGCUUAUGGGAAGGUGGUUCUACAGGUGGUUUGAACGGCUAUGUUACUUGCGAUGGUCGUGGUUGGGUUUAUCGCGAUUGUGGUGCCGGUACUAACUGUAAGAAAGCUGCUAAUUGUCAAGUUUAUUGUGGUUGA